AUGGCGUCUUCUCCCAAUCGUGGGGGCUCUCCCUCUGCAAUUAACUACUCCCCGGAAUAUGUGCAAUUCAUCGAGAAGCUCGCCGUGUACCAUGAGAAGAGAGGAACCGAGUUCGUGCGCGAACCAAAGGUUGGCAGCAGGCAGAUCGACCUGUUGAAGCUGUUCAACAUAGUCAUGGAGCGUGGAGGUUAUGACAAGGUCAGCGACGAGAAACUGGCAUGGAGAAAGCUGGGCCAGGAUUUCAACUUAGGAAGCCCAAACCUGCCCGCCCUUGCCUUUGCCCUCAAGUCGGUCUACUACAAGAACCUCGCCGCAUAUGAGAUAUCUACCGUUCACGGUAAAGAGCCGCCGCCAAAAGAGAUUUUGGAGGACUUGACUGCGAAAGGCGGGGGCUUGCUCACUCGGACUCUCGAGAACUAUAAACCGCCCUCUCGGCGAGAGCCUGGCACUCUGGAUCACUCAGAGGCCUCGGGAGACGACGGUACACCUGCUCGAGACAGGAACGGCAGUGAAGAGGCACCUGGAUCCGGUGGAAGAGCAACCCGAGGCUUGCGACAAGCACCACCACAGCGUAUAUUGUUCCAACCCGACACGCAACCGUCGCGACAGACAAGACACGCCGCUUCCCAUACAUCAUCUCCUCAACAAGCCGGUCAUCACCAGCAACACCAGCCACGCGGCGCUUCCACCUCUUACAACCCUUCGUCAAACAUGGAAAACAUGUCUCUUGCAGUUGCGAAUUACGAACCUCGGCCACAAAUGCCUCUCACUCUUCGUCCUGUCAUAACCCCUGGAAAUAAUCCGGUCGAAUUUGCCCGCCGCCAGAAGGCUAAGAGGGACAAUCUUGCUGCGGCAAGCGGACGUCCUGCCCCAGCCACUAACAGAGGUGUGAUGCUGCCUGGAUCUGGCUUUGACGGUCCGAAUAUCUAUGUCCGCUGCCUUUGUGCGUUGAGGUCCGGCAUUCCAGCCGAACAAGAUUACGCUCUUCACCACUUGGUCAAGAUUUCAAUGGAAAGAGGAGACAAAUACCGAUUCGAAUCCUUUCCCGGCCUGGCAGAGGCGCUGAUCGAGAAGCUGUUGGAGGUCAGCUCGUUGUUUUACGAAGUGGACUGGCACGUUUCUUACGCGGAGGAUGGGUCGAUGACUAGUCGCAACACACUCAAUGGCGUAGACGGCACACCAGAUAUACUGCAGACAAUAGCACAGCUUCCCAAGUUGGAUGUCAACGAUAACGUACUACCUGCUGGUUUCAACGAUGCCCUACUUCAGAUAAAUGAGGCAGCUCUUACGAUGAGAAAUAUGGUCAUGCUUGAGGAUAAUGCCCAUUAUGUUUCAGAGAUGGCUCCGCUGAGGGAUAUGCUCUGCAUCGCUCUCAACCUCCCAAAUCACGAUAGCCUUGUGGAGUUGAAACACUAUGCACUCGAUAUCACUGAACAGAUCACAAAGUAUUUACCCUCCGAUGAAACCGACCCUCUCUACAUUUCACUUCUUGUGCAGCUACAAUCUGAGGACCUAGGAGCAAUUUUAACAUCCUUGCGGGCUAUUAGUAGAAUAUCGAUGAAUCUUGAAGAAAACAAUCUUCUCAAGGGUGUUCCCGUGGCUGGAAUUCAGAAUAUUCUAGAUUGGACGAUUCUCAAUGACGAAGAGCUUGUUCACGCAUGCCUGGACUUCCUGUACCAAUACACGGCCGUCGUCGAAAACGUCGACUUUCUUAUUACCGAGUUACAGGUCGAGCCACUCAUUAACCAGCUUGUCCGUCUUUUGGCCCAUGGAGUUAAGAUUCAUGAGAAGGAGUUCUCCCGCGGACCGGAAUUCAAGAAAGAAGCUCCUCUGCAAAUCGCACCCCUCCCAAAAGAAUUGCUUGCGCAACUCCUUAAACUCGAUGAGCCAGAACGAAGCUCACAGUGGCUGCGCUGUCUCUUUGAAGAAGAUUCUGAUGAGUCUAUCACCCAAAUUGCCCUUUGGCAGGCUUAUCAGGCUCAGUUUAUGCCCACCACAAUUGAGACGGGACGCCAACUUCUGCCAGCUGCCGAGUUCAUCAAAAAUGUCAGCACAACCUUUGGAGAGAAGGCAACUGCACAAGUUCAAUCCGGACCAGUGCAAAAGUUCAUCAUCAAAGGUAUUAGAAUGCGCAGCGUACCUGUUGAUUUCUUUGAGGAGGAGUACAGCAAGUGUCUCUGGAAGGUCCAGCCCGGCCAUGGGUCAUACUGCGGCGAGUUUUUCAUGAGCCCAGAGGAGAUGUACAAACACAUGCUACAAGACCAUAUUCAUGCUCAGCUACUGCCAGAUGGCAAGUUUGAUAACACCCAAGAAGGGCAAUACGUGUGCCAGUGGGAUUCAUGUAGCCGAUUCAAGACAGCACCUGCUACCAAGUUAGCACAACUAGGACAGCACAUCAAGGUUCACCUUCCACCACGACCAUCUGCAGCUAGUAGAGGCUCAAACGAGCAUGGACCUCCUCCGAGCAAAAAGCUGAAGCCGUCAUACAUCUUAUCUUCGCCCAAACAAAAGUUUAAGUAUGAAACGACUGCAGUGGAUGAGCGACAAUUUGCUGCUGGUGUUCCGCUCAGCGCCGUGCUUGUUCUUCGAAAUCUUGCUCGUAACUUGCCGAAGACAGAAGCUGAGGAAACCGCACAGAAAACUGAUGGCAUUUCUUGGGUCGAUCGUUUAUUCAGACCUGUUGUGCCGCGGUUGUAUGAGGUGAUGUCUCACAACAGGGCAUUGGUUGAAUACAUGACCGAUCUGCUUGGCUCGAUCAAUGACGCUUAUGCUGGGUGA